CACGUUGAGUCUUUCUUGAUGCUGGAACACGUGACGUUUCGAUAUUGAGAAGGAAAGAUUUUGUGAGAAACAUGUGGCGUCAUGUGAGCGUCUCUGCUGUGGUUGGGGGGACGAAGUCCUCCCCCCGCCCUCGCUCCCUCAGCACACUUAUAUUGUUGGUGUUGCAGGUCAAGCGGCUCCAGGGUGUUGACGGAAGGCACACAGCAGCUGGAGGAGGUAUGACCCCGUGAGGCCACAGUCUCAGUCCAAGAUUAAGCGUGACGAGCCCAACUUCAUGGAGGCCGUCCCCCCUGCUGCAAAGGUGCCGCAUGUUUAGACGACCGUGAGCUGUCCUGACCUGCACUCCUACUGUACCAGCGGCGGCGGCUGCAGCGAGGGGCAGGGGAGGACGCCGCUGAUGCUGCUGGUUGGCCGGCGCCACGACUGUCAUGCAGGAGAAGAUGGAGAAGGGCAAGGAGUCGCCCGAGGUCACAACCCCACCGGAGGGCGGCUGGGGAUGGAUGGUCGUCGCCGGCUGCUUCCUCGCCACCAUCUGCACACGGGCUGUCACCAGAUGUGUUGCCAUGUUCUUCGUGGAGUUCCAGCUGCAUUUUGAGAGGGAUUAUUCCACCACGGCCUGGAUCCACAGUCUCAUAGAUUGCACCACCAUGUUCUGCGCUCCUCUCGGCAGCUUCCUUGCCGACCGUCUGUCAUGCAGAGCGACCAUGAUGCUCGGCGGGCUCAUGUCCUCUAUCGGCCUGGUCCUCAGCUGCUUUGCCUCCAGGCUGGAACAUCUGUACGUCUCUCUGGGGAUCCUUGCAGGCGUAGGUUUUGCGCUCAACUUCACGCCGUCCAUCGCCAUGGUAGGCCGAUACUUCAGCGAGAAGAAAGCUUUGGCCUAUGGUAUCGCUCUGUCAGGCAGCGGCAUCGGGACCUUCAUCCUGGCCCCGGUGAUCCAGCUGCUCAUCGAUCAGUACUCCUGGAGAGGAGCCAUGCUGGUCCUGGGCGGCUUCGUGUCCAACUUGUGCGUCUGUGGCGCUCUGAUGAGGCCCGUGCAACCCCGCACAGGUCAAAGGGCGGGACAGAGCGACGUUGGCGACGUGGAGCAAGAAGUCGACGCCAAAGAAGAACCUUCGGGUCACGGCGUGGAAGAUCCAAAGUCGCUGGAAAUCAGCAGCUUCAGUCGCACUCAGAGCCUUCUCAUCGCCAACGGAGCGCUCCAAAGCUGCGAGCUGGAGGAGAGGCAACUGCCUCCGGGCAAGGUGGCCUUGCCGGCGAACGGACCCGAAGCCGGCUCGACGGACAUCAAGCUGGCGGAGUGCAUUUUAUUAGGCAAAAAGCUUACGGCGAACAUGCUCGGGGAGCUGCAGGUCUCCGAUGCCAAGCUGACCAAGCGGGUGCAGGACGUUCACAACGCGAAGGGGGAAGACGUUAACUCGCCCGGUUGUUGUCGCUGGCUGCAGCCUCGGCGGGACUUUGGCUUCCUUCUCAUCCCCGACUUCAUGAUCUGGUCGCUGUCCUUCUUGUUUAUGGCGUACGCCUGCAGCACACCCGUGGUCUACCUGGUUCCCUACGCCAUCAGCCAGGGCGUGGAGAGCAAGCAGGCCGCCUUCCUCAUGUCCAUAUUUGGCAUCAGCGGCAUCGUGGGAAACAUCACCUUCGGGUGGAUCGCAGACAGGAAGUGCCUGAACAGGUACCGGAUGCUUAGCUUUAUGGUAAGUGUGGCGGUGGAGGGACUGUGCUGCUGGUCCCUGCCGCUCCUGCACUCCUUCGCCCCCCUGGCGCUCUUUGCCGUCGUCUACGGUUACUUCGAAGGCGCCUACGUGGCGCUCAUUCCCGUGGUGACCUCGGACGCGGUGGGCUCCGACUACCUCAACUCUGCCCUGGGUGUGGUCUACUUCCUGCACGCCAUCCCGUACCUUGUCAGCCCACCAAUCGGCGGUUGGUUGGUGGACGUGACGGGAAACUACGCGGGAACCUUUUUCCUCAGCGGCACUACCUUCAUAUUCAGCUCGGUGGUUCUCGCCGUCGCCAUGUUGGUCCGACACUCCUGGAAGACGAGCCUUUCCUGUCUCAAACGCGCUGAAUGUCAACAAGACAUCAUCUGAUGCUGAAUAUGUGUAUUUAUCUUGAAAAAAAAGAGGUGUUUUCUACAUGGUACCUGCUCAUAUGUGUUGGGGUUAAUGUCUGUGGGUGUAAGUUAUAGUAAAUACAUAACAGUUACAUGAUGGACUGUGGAUUGCUGUUAAGUCAAUGUUGUUAUCAAUUAUUCACUUGGUUUGGGGAAAAUGUUCCAUAUUUUGUGCGUUUGCCAUGUACAAAACCCAAAACCAGUGAAGUUGGCACGAUUUAUAAUUCGUAAAUAAAAACAGUUUACAAGAAUUUGCCAAUCAUUUUC